AUGUUAGAUUCCAGUAGUAAAAGUUUUAAUACUCUAGUCGACCAAUCCUCACUUAAUUCUUUUGAAGAUAGAAAUAAACCCAAGAAGAAUUCUACUAUUUUGAAGAAUGUAGAUUUAAAUGAUGAUUCAAAACUCAUUGAAUUGUACGGAAAAUGUGAAACCAAAUUUGCUUUUAUAGUAUGGAAAUCAUCUAUGCAUAUACCUUGGGUAUGGCCAGUGACAGCCCCAGAAAAAACAGAAGAAGAAAUGAAUAAAGAUGAACUAAUUUCAUAUAAUUGGACAAAGAGAAGACUUUUCCAUGAAGUAUUGGAAGAAAGAUCAUUCCAUUUAGUCUCCACUAUAGAUGGAACAUAUGACUUGAGAUUCAUCAUUUCAUUAGCUAAUACAGAAAAAGAAGAUUUUCCAAAUGAUUUAUAUAGUAGAUUUGAUCGACUUCAUAAUAUCAACAGAUUUCCUCAGAUGACAUUAAUCAAUACCAAACAUUCUUUGGCUAGAAGUAUCAAAGCAAUGUCAGAAAGAUUUGGUGAAAAAGACUUCUCAUUCCACCCAAACACAUUCAUCCUUCCUGAAGACUAUCAAAAAUUACAGCAAUAUUCUAAAGAGAAUCCUGAUGUCCUAUUCAUUAAGAAACCAAAAUUUGGUGGAAAAGGAAUUGAAAUCAGUUUGUAUUCAAAUUCUCAAGAAAUUGAAAAUGAUUCUAAAUAUGUUGUUCAAGAGUAUAUUUCAAAUCCAUGUUUAAUAAAUGGAAAGAAAUUUUCAUUCAGACUCUAUGUCUUAAUAACAUCUCUGAACCCACUAAUAUUGUAUAUUCAUAAUGAUGGUGUAAUAAAAUUUGGAAAAUCAAAUUUUAGUAAUGAUAGAAAAACAUUCACUGAAGACUAUAUUUCCAAUCAUGUCACCAAUCAUCCUUCUAAUACAGCUCCUUCUACGGAGUUCAGUUCAGAUUUUAAAGAGGAUGAUGUUGGUAGAAGAUGGAGUGUCAAAGCAUUAUUGAGGUAUCUAGAUAAAAACAAUAUCUAUCCAUCUGAUCUCCUAUGGAGUAAGAUCAAGGAUGUUGUUGCCAAAACUAUUUUCAGUGUUGAAUUGGAUGUUCUAUCUAAGACAAAUGAAUUGAUGAAAUCGGAAUCAAAUGGAUUCCAACUUUUGGGACUAGAUAUUGAUCUAUUAGACAAUUUUCAACCAAUAUUCAUUGAGGGGAAUGUAAAUCCUCUAUUAGGUUCAGCUAUACCGCCAUUUGAAAACUAUCACAAUUUGCAAGUAAUCAGAGAUACAUUUGACUUGAUUGGUCAUACCGUUUACAAUUCGACAACAAUGAAAGAAGACAUCAAAACUAGACUAUUACAACAAAAAGCAGAGUUGAUUGUUAAGCAAUCAAAGAAUAUUAAACAUCUUGAUGAACAAUCACUAGAUAAACUUGUACAAUAUGAAUUUGAGAAUAUACACCGUGCCAACUAUGAAUUGAUCUACCCAACCAAAGAAUCAAUUGAUACACUCUCAAAAUUUCAUCUUAACAAAGAGAGUAUCUUGAAUCAGGUGUUACAUCGUUAUGUAAAGAGUGAUGGUAAUGAUUAUUGA